AAGGCAUUCAAGCCGGCGAUGUCUUGUCAGGGCGUACUCCGUACGACCCCUCGUGCCGGCCGAAGUCUCAUAUUAGCAGCCAAAGUCCCAUCAACUCGAGCUAAAUCGGCGUCUGAUCAUCUGUAUUUUUCUACAUACGCAAGAUCCUACUAUGAAACUUUCUCAAAAUUUUGGCAAAGUACAAAUACGCAAUCAAAGAUCGCUCCCGAACAUGAAGAAUUUGCAAGACGUUGGAAAAAGAUGGAAUUAGACGAAAAAGAAAAAGAGCAAAAAGAAGAAGAAGAUUACGCAAUUCCUGAGUCAGAAGCAAGUCCUCCAAAAGUUAUCAAACCUAUUUUAUACUUCUUUGCCGUCGGUACUUUAUCUUAUAGCUGGGCUGCAUAUAUGACUGCAAACGAAACUGGUCGUAUGGUGGAAAAGAUCAGCAACGAAUUUCGUUUAUAUACAGACACAUUCAUCCAUAAUGCAAAGUAUAUUACGGAUCAUUCUGCAAAAUUUUCUCCCUUGACACUCUUUCAAGGUUGGAUCAGUGAAGCUCAUCUUCGUGCUACAGAAGUCCAAGAUAGAUUUGACCGAGGCAAAAAUUAUUUCAAUCUUAUUUCUGAUUGGUGUAGUCGACUUAAUUUACCGCAAGAACUGCAAACAUCUUUAAUCAAUUCAUGUGAAACAGGCUUGACUUGGUAUGGGAAAAUGACACCAGCACAAUCUGCAUCAAUUUGUGGUCUAGUUGUUAUGGUAGUAGCAUCCUUAGGCUUGAAGCUGUCCAAAAGAAGGACUUUUGCUUUCUUGCCACAUGAUUUUGGAAAAUAUUUCAUGCAUAUACCUGCAGGAAAUCGCUUACAUACACUAACAACAUCUUUGUUCUGUCCCAAUUUUAUUCCGUUGGGAUGCUACAGUUUUGUUGUACUCUACACUGUCAGCACGUAUUCACUAGAUAACGUCAAAAGAAAAAAAGAUGCUGAUGGCUAUCAGAUUCAUAUUCCCGAGGUUACAAUCAUUUACCACUUUUUAGCUUUCAUUCUCACCUCUGCAACUUUCUCAAACGUCGCUUCGCAAAUAUUUGCAAGGGUACUGUUUCACAGAGCAAAAUGGUCGCUUAGCAGAAAUAUAGCAUUAAUGAAGACUGGAGCUUUUGCUUCCAAUGCUGGAGCUAUGGGAGCUUUUUAUGGCUUACUCGCAGCUUCUUUCGUCAGUAACGCAGAAAUCAAACUUCCGUAUGAGCUCACCUUGGGGAAACUUAUCCUAGGUGCCGCUUGCGUUGAAGUCGCACUUCUGACGUAUAGUUUACAUCAAAUGAAAUUUCAAGUCUUCGUCUUUAACAACGCUGCUCAUGCAGGCGGAUUGAUUUUUGGCUAUAUAUAUUCAAAAAUCGGCGAUUCAUUCUGGGAACGCUUGAAAGGAUUCUUUUACGAACGCAAUCAACGCCUUGUUCGUUUAAAGCUCUGUAGACAUGAAGAACUUGUCCGUGUACAGAACAAGUUACUACAAAAAUCGAUUCAACUAGAAGAGCUGAAAAAAGGGAAUCAAUAG